AGGCGGUAUACAAAUACCGGUAGUGUCAAUCUCGAUCCGAUCUGAUUUGAUGGCGAUUUAGGAAUUUGGGAUGCUGAGAAUUUGCACCGUAUCUUCUGCUCUUUCAGUGUGGACUUGCUGUGACCUGUGACAGAAGGAAGGUAGGUGGGUACAAUACGGGCAGGCUGCAGGGAAGUUGGCGGGGCACUUGCAUCUUUCCUUUUCUUUAGGAGACAGGUAAAACAGGGGUAUAAUAAACGUGAGCAAUCGACUGAGCACCAACAGCUACGGGGUGUCCUUGUUAGGUUAAUCAGAAAGGGACGGACUACUGUCAGUUGCGGGAAAGAUGGCGGACCUCAGGGCUCAUCUCUUUUCAGAGGCAGAGCGGGCGUUGCAGACUCUCCUGGACAAUCAUGUGGUGUCUGCGCCUACGCAUGCAUCUGCUGUCAGCAUCCUGAAGCACGAGCGGGACGGAACGCCAGUCGCAGUGCCUCCAAGCGGCGCUCCUCCGGAGCCUCUUGGCGGUGCAGACCCCGCCCUAAAAGCGUACCUCUUGAAGGAGGCGGAGAGGGAGCUGCAGAACCUGCACGACAACAGAUUUUUGACCCCUGAUAGCCACGCCCGCAUCACCGCGCUCCUCCAGCAAACCAGGGACGAGAAGGGCAUCCCGCAGGCUCCCCCCGUGGGGUACAUCCCGCCGGUCUCUGCAUAUUCGCCAAGCACCCAGCCUCAAGUAUUCCAAGGCUAUGCAUACCAGCCAGCUGCUUACGCCCCCGGCUACCCGCAACCUGGGUAUGGCGGAUACGCCCCUGCGUAUGACCAGCAAGGCCAGUACGGGUAUCCCCCGGGACAGUACGGCCAGCAGCCUCCUUCCGGCCAAUAUGGACCUCCCCCCGGACAGUAUGGUCAGCAGCCGCAGUACGGACAGCCCUACGGACAGCCCUAUCCUUACUCCCAGCAGUAUCCCCAGCAAUACUCACAGCAACAGCCGAAUGUCAACAACCCAGGUAUCGUAGGCACACCAAAUGUGACCCCGCUACCACCCCCCGAGCCUUCCAAGCCGCAGGCACAGGCACCCCCCCCGGCACCUGCACCUGCGCCUGCGCACGCUGCUCCAGCGGGGCCAAAGCCCCCAUCGCAGUGGGGCCAGUUUGCGGGCCGCAUGGGGAACAACAUUGCGAAUGGUAUGUCAUCUGGCUUCGGGUGGACCAUGGGCGGGAACGUUGCGAACGAGGUCUUCCACGACACAAUGCACGCGAUCCACAAGAUCACAUAAUCUAUUCUUGAGUGCUCAGGUGGGGCUUGUGUCAGAAUGGAGGAAACGGAGGAUUGCAGGCCACCAAUGUGCCCACCUGUUGCAUGACCUGUACCAUAUGCUCGCGGGGAGUGUUGCUGGUGGCUCGCCCUAGUUUCCGGAUGAGGACAAUUGUCCUCACAUCGUAAGACUGAUUGAUGACAACAGGACUAAGUCUGUACUUAUUCAGAAGUGCACUUGCCAAGAGAUUCACAACUGAACGUCAUCGCCGCAACAAACUGAAAUUCUUAGAACUUCUAAGGUCCAAAGUGCAGCGUUUAAGGAGCUUUUACUAAGCACUUAAUCGCGUUUCGAUCCGGUAGGAAACACAUGGCUUCUGCAUCAGCGAGCUCUGUACAUGGUACGGUCAAUUCCCCACUUAGCCAAUAGUUGAGUUGUAUCACGCAAGCCACUAGAAUUGAAAGAAGGCAUAUGAGUCGCUCUGGCACCUUCCCAACAUGGAGUUUCGACAUUACCCCUCGAACUUGCAGUGUUCUAGCUUGACUUUCCACAUAUCUCCUUCCUUAGAAAUGUUGUCCGCGGG